CAAGCAUUCAGUAUUGAAAAAACAUUCGUAUAGAAAGUAACGCCUCAUUCAUCGCAGAGCGACGGUUUUUUUUUCUUCAUCUAAAGAACGUGCUUAAAAAUAACAAAGAAGACAAUGAGAUUUCUAGUGAAAACACUACAGCUAAUGCUGUUUGUGGUGACGGUUUACUCAUAUAGCCCAAUGACUGAAUCGCCAGCUCUCAUCAAUGCAUCAGGACAAUCAGCAAGUGCUAGUAUUUCACCAGAAAUUGUGAAUGAGCUGAUAGAUUUUCAGAAUCUAAUACCAACAUCAGUGGUUGACGCUAUAGUGGUCAAGCAUUAUGUGAUCGAUGGCAAUUUUCGCACUGCCCUACAGUAUUUGCGUAGUAAUGCAUUCACACAAUUCCAAAAACAACUGCUCGAUGUACCCGAAAUUAUUGGUCUAUUGGAUUUUCUACACAUGGUGGUUAAUGCAACAACUAUUCAAGGAGCAGCAUCAAGUCCAUCGCCAGCGUUUAAUGAUAAUGGAAUGCACAAAAUACCCACUAAUUCAGUGGCCACUGCCACUGCCACUGGUGAUGCAGGCCUUGGCACCAACCAUUUGGAAGUUGCAUCCAACAGUGUUCUUGCAUACCAAGGACCACAAUUUCAUGGACUAGAGUAUUCUGAUGAUGAUGUCAGGCGACAUGGUCAUGCCUCAGAGAAGCAUCAGCAUCAGCAUCCACAACAGCAGCAUCAGGACCAGCCAUUAGUGGACAUUGUGCUUUUGGAUACUAAGCUGACAUCAACCAACGACCAUUCUUCCAACUUCAUUAUAACUGGUGAUGGUCACAGCCCUCAGCAUCGGCCAUUGGGUUCAUUUACAACAUUCGUUGCCGAAAUAAUAGGAGAAUUACCACAGCCUGCAUAUCAGCAUAUGAUUACUGCCAAAUGCAAGAAAAAUGCAAAAUUUGCGGAUUUCUACAAAGCAUUGAGAAGUGCCGAUUUCAAGCCUCUGGUCGAUGAGGCCAUGAAAACCCCAAAUAUUCAGAAAAUCAUUAAAACCUUAAGUUCGCACAAAAUCGAUGUCAAGUCCUUAGAGCCAAUAGCAUUUAAAGUUAUAUCAUGGGGUCCCAAUGUCUAAGGGCACUUGAUGACAAACCUUCAGAAGAUGUUUGUUCACUUGGGAUAAGUAGCAUUAGAAACUAUACAAUAAUAAAGGUCUUACUCACAAAACAUAACGAAGCCUCAAAAUGGGCUUAUUUGACAGUUCUAUAAAGGAAAUAUGUCAAAUAAAACUAUUGGGUUGCCCAAAAAGUAAUUGCGGAUUUUUCAUAUAGUCGACGAUGAGAAAUUUUUUCUCAGCUUGUGACUCUUUAAUUGCAUUCUUUCUUCUGUCAGUUAUCAGCUGUUACUUUUAGCUUGCUUUACAAAAAAAAAGUGUAAAAAAAGUAUAUUUGAUUAAAGUUCAUUCUAAGAUUUAUUAAAAAUGCAUUUACUUUCUUUUAAAAAAUCCGCAAUUACUUUUUGGGCAACCCAAUAUUUAAAAUAUACACUAACAUUUGUGAAUAAGGUCGUAAGCCUAUUUUAAGGCUUUAUAAAGAUUUGUGAAUAAGGCCGUUACAAUUAAGGAUUUUUAUAAAAAACUAUGUUAAACAAAUUAAUAUGGAAUAAAAAAAAGGCUAAAAUUUGGAUAUAAUUUUGAGAAAAGUCAA